UUUAUUGCAGCUAUGCCGAGUAAGGUGGGCAAUGUAAAUCUUUCAAUUUGAUGGGUAAAUACCACGGUUGUUUUCCUGGGUUAAUUGCAUUCGGUAUAUAACAGUACAAACCACUCAAAAACAGAAGCACCCAUUUUCGUUCCACCAGCAAUGGGGAUCUCUCAAAUAGUAGGAAUAAUAUCGACAACACUAUUCUCAGUCUUCCUUUUUCUCAAAGGUAGAAUUAACCCAGUUCUACUCUUGCCACUAGUGCACGCUUUCACAGUGGGCUUUAUAGCAGCCAUUUGCGCGCACCCAUUACUGAAUCUGCCCUUGCUCUUUGGAAAAAACAGGAAGGGGAGUUUUCCAUGGUGGUCCUUGCUGCUUCAUUACCCAUAUCUAUUUUUUCUGCGCCUCUAUGUGAAGUUGAGGAGAAUGAUAACCAAGGAGCCAGUGUAUAAUGAGGUUUGUCCACAAUUAUAUGUAGGUGGGUGGCCCUGUUCUGCAUCAGAUAUUCCUCCAGGAGAGCCUGCAAUCAUAGAUUGCACAUGUGAAUUGCCUAAAAGCCCGUCUGUGGAUAAUAUGAAUCUUUCAUAUAUGUGCAUACCCACUUGGGAUACUCGCGCUCCUAGUCAUCAAGACAUUGAUUUAGCUGUUCGCUGGGCUGCUGGACAACGGUCCCAGAAUAGGCCUGUCUUAGUCCAUUGUGCUUUCGGACAUGGACGAAGUGUUGCCGUAAUGUGUGCUUUGUUAGUCACCUUAGGUCUUGCAGAAGACUGGAAAGAUGCAGAAAAAAUAAUAAAAAAAUGCAGACCUCGUAUUAACAUGAAUAUCAUGCAACGUAAGAGUUUGGAGAACUGGAGCAAAUUUCAAGCAAGGCCUAACAAACAGGUGGAGAGUUCAAAUGGAUCCUUUUGAUUUCUAUAAAAUAAAUAUAAUGAAGAUGAACUAAAAAAUAGCAAGCAAAGGAUUUCUUCAUCUAAGAUUUGCUUUAUAGAAUAAAUCGUUAACAUUUGAAUAAAAAAUAUCAAUAUAAACAAAGAAUUGUGUAUAGAUGCUUCUAACUGGGUUUUUGGCUCAAGCUCUAAUGGAAACUGUACAAACAUGAAGUGUUAAACUUACAUCAAUGUAACAAACAACUAUGAUAUUUGUUAUUUUCAUUUCUGUUGCAAUGGUCAGCCAUUGUAAAUUGCUGAUUGCUUGUUGCAGUAGGGCUGUGCAAUCUCUAGAAACAGCCAAUUUUCUUGAUGCAUGUUGGAUCUAAACUCGGGUUUGGUGCUUUGUAAAGAUUAUGGACUCCAGAAGAGGUUCAUUCUACAAUUCGUUCUUUCUUUUUAAAUAUAGCAAAUCUUUGUCUCCA